AUGUUCCUUCUCAAGCCGCCGUCUUCGUCUCCUGUCGCGCCCGACACAUCGCGUCACCGCCUGUGCGCGGGUCUGGUGGCUUCCGAAUGGAAGUACGUUGCCGAGGGCGGUGCUAACGUGCUGUUCCGCCACCGACCGGCAGCAGACGCCGCGUCCAGCUCCAUCGCGCUGGAAUUCAAGGGCAAACUCCUACGCGUCAAGAAGUGCGACGUGGUGCAGCCGACCACCGACAAGCAGCAGAAGAAGAGCAAGCGUCGUGCUUCAGGCGAGAAGCCUUACGUGCCGCAUUAUCCGCACCCGAGACAGGUGCUGGACUAUGCCACACACGAGAUCAUGCCAUAUUUGGAGCAGCAGUUGCACGGGAAAUACGCACACGCUACUACUGGCCGUCGAGAGAACACGUACCUGCAGGUAGCGGAGCUGGUAGACGUCGAGCGUGGCUUCCUACAGGCUCUGAACGCGCAACUACUGGCACUUGAAAGCCGACCAGCACACAGGCGACAGAGCCAGAUCGACGUCUCGCUGCAGUGCGUCAUGGUGCUGCCAGAUGUGACGCUGCCUCCACCGGAUGACGACAGUUUGCCCAGUUUCUUCCAGUCGACCAGGAGUUUACUGGAACUGCAGGCGGAGUCAGAGGCAGAUGAUAAAGAAGAGGCUUUGAGCAUGAAGCGACGAGAAUCGAUCUCCUAUCAGACGGACGACGAUGAUGUCGAUCAAGAUGGAGACUCGUCGGACGGAAUAGAAGCUGACGGCAAGCCCUACGUCGUGUGCAGCAGUACAAGUGUCAGCAGCGCGUCGGAUAAAGAAGACGACGAUGAAGAGGAAGAAGCUGCUUUAAGCGAGCCACUAACAUCAAGUCUACAACGCAUGGGCAUGCCACGGUCACUCAAGAGUCUACGGAGCAGUUCGUUCCGCGCAGGGAACGUGUUUGACUGCUGUUUCCGGAAUAUCUGCGUGGAACUGAAGCCCAAGAUCGGAUUCAAGCCCAAAGGCCCACUGGUUAGCCCCACGAAGGCACGUGUGUGUCGCUUUUGCAUGCAUCAGCACUACAAGAAACGCACUGGCAAAGUGGAAGAGAUCAGUCAGUAUUGUCCAUUGGAUCUGUUCUCCCACGACCCGGCAAGGAAGCGACAUGCGCUUCGAGCGUUGCAACGAACACCGCAGAAUAACUUCAAGGUGUUCGUACGCUCGGCAGAAGACGAGGUUGUGAAUGUCAUCACGGGCUUAAACGCCGAUGCUCUGCCGAAAGGUGCAGCUCAGUCCCGGUACUCCUUUUGUCGACGGAAACGCAUGGGCUUCCGUCAUUCGUGUCAAUCGAUUGGCGCAGAGCACGAACUAUCUUUUGAUGAGAACGCAGAGUACGAGCACGAACGAGAUCACGCGCAAUUGAUGCCUGAAGUGGUUGAGUUGAUCACACAGGUUUUGACAGAGCUGGACAUUCUCGAAGACUUGAAGCAGAUGCAGCUGUUGGACCACAUUUCAGUGGACGGCAUUCGACAUCUCCAGUUGCUGUUGCACAGACUGGAUGAAGAGAACAAACGUGACCAGACGUCGUUGGGUGAAGACAAUACUGUGGGUCGGUUAGUCGCAGCGAUAAGACAGCGAUCCGAUUAUCCAGAGGUUGAAGAUGUGGACCAAGACGGGAGUGUUGCACGUGGGUUGGCGUUCCUACGCAUUGCGCUGAGUCAUCUACCGGGGUUGGAUGUACUGCAAGAGGUGGAGUCGUGGGAAUCCAUGCGUUUGCAACAGUUCCACGAGUUGUACCAGGAAUUAGAGAAGAGAUUCCAAGUAGCGACGACACUGAAGGACUGCUCACUGCUGCUGUGCUUGCGUCGCUCCCCCAAUGACGACGCCGGCAAGCACGAAGACAAACCGAAGCCUCGCUUCCAACAUCUUGUGGAGUUUGAACACCAUAUUCGCUUCCGCGACCUGGCCUUCGACUGUGUGGUGGCGAUCGUGGACCUGGACGUCAAGUCGCACAAGUCGGUGUCGGAUUACUACCGACUGGACGAGAAGAUCGCGACGAAUUUCCAACGCGAGUUCGGCAGCCGCGGCGUCGCCAAGGUGUUGUGCCACGAGGACUGA